CAACUCUAAUGUUUUAAUUGGAAACAGAAGAGGUAAUAGUGAUAUGAGUGGUGUUUGUGGUUUAUGAUUAAUUACACUAAUUUUAGAUGGAAAAUACAGAUGAAAAUCACUGGAAAUACUGUCCUCAUUUAACUGUAUCUUUGACACAGUAGACCUUUAUUGUUUAAAAAUGGAUUAUAGUUAGGAUCUGAAAUUACUUUCAACUUUUAGAGUAAGAGACAAAUUCUUAAAUUAUGGCGUCUGCAAAAGUUGCCAAAGUGAAACGUUCUACUGCACCGAAAGAGCCACAAGAGCAGAAAUGCAAGGAUUACGAUGUGUUGACAACCUUAGGGACUGGUACUUUUGGACGAGUAGUGCUGACUAGACAUAAAGAAAACAAGGAUUACUUUGCUCUAAAAAUGAUGCGAAUCACAGAAGUCAUACGAUUAAAACAGAUUGAACAUGUCAAAAACGAAAAAGAAAUUCUUGCUCAAAUAGCUCAUCCAUUUAUUGUUAAUAUGCUGUGGGCAUACCAUGAUAACACAUAUCUAUACAUGCUCUUGGAGUUUGUGCCAGGAGGAGAGUUAUUCUCAUAUCUCAGGAACUAUGGACGUUUUAAUAAUUCAUGGUCGAACUUUUAUGCCUGUGAAAUUGUGUCAGCUUUAGACUAUUUACAUACCAAGAACAUUGUGUAUCGGGAUUUGAAACCAGAAAAUUUAUUACUGGAUAGAGAAGGACAUUUAAAGAUUACAGAUUUUGGUUUUGCAAAGAAACUAGAAGAUAGAACGUGGACAUUGUGUGGUACACCUGAAUACCUUGCUCCAGAAAUCAUACAGUCAAGGGGACAUAACAAGGCUGUCGACUGGUGGUCUUUAGGAAUAUUAAUAUAUGAAAUGCUUGUAGGUUAUCCACCAUUCUUUGAUGAAAAUACUUUCAAGAUUUAUGAGAAGAUUUUGGAGGGAAAAAUAGAAUGGCCCAGACAUUUAGACCCUGUAGCUAAAGAUCUUAUAAAGAAGCUAUUAGUCCAGGACAGAACAAAGCGACUGGGUAACAUGAAGAAUGGGACAGAAGAUUGUAAAAGACAUAAAUGGUUUAAGAAUAUUGUUUGGGAAGAAGUGGUGGCCAGGAAAUUAACGCCCCCUGUUGUUCCAAAGUUAUCUCAUGCUGGUGACACUAAGAACUUUGAUGAAUAUCCAGAAACUGACAUUAACUCCGUACCAGCAGCUACAGAAGCUGAAAUAGAACCGUUCCAAGAAUUCUGAUCUCGCCUGGUACUCGUAGAAUAAUAUGGACAGUGGCAGCAAUUUAUUAUGUCCAUUAUAAGUGGUCAUACAUCUGUGUCCAUUGUUAGUGGUCAUACAUCUAUGUCCAUUGUUAGUGGCAUUUGUGUCCAUUGUUAGUGGUCAUACAUCUAGGCAAUUCAAAUGGAAUUAUAAUUUUCUGUGACAUCAAUUUUUUGAAGGAUUUCUUUGGUAUUCCAAUGUGCAUGCUAUUCAUUGAUAUUCUCAAUAUAGAGUUUAUAAUGUGACCCUUAUUUAGACAAUCAGGAUUAUGGAAUAGAAACAGAAUAUCAAUGACCUAUUCCAGUUGUCUUUGGAAAAAAUAUGCUUUCAGCUACUCUUCAAAUUUUUAGAAUGCAAAAAUUUGAAAGAAGAAAUGAUGGUAUAGGAAUUAAAGCAUAUUUUUCUGGAUGUCAGCAGUUUUCAAAUUCAAAACAACCAGUGAUUAUAAUGCAAACACUUCAUUUAUUUUAAUUAGCUGUGUAGAGUCCCCUUGUAAGUUGUCAAGAAGGUUAAGAUAUUUUAUGUCUUUAUAUCUUUAAUAUCAGACAAAAAGAAAUGUUAUAAUAUUGUUACCUGGCAACCUGAUUUUACUCUUUACCAUGUUUAUAGGAUAUUUUUAAUGAUUUUUUAAUAUUUUCGUCUGUUUUAAGACCUUUCUAAGUUGGAUCCAUUUUUGUAUGAAUUUUGCAAUUUUUUCUCAUAAAAUAUCUGGACUUUUGUCUUAUGCUUACAAGAUUAAUUUAAAAACAUGAACUUGACCGACAAAAAAAAUGGGCUCAUCCCUUUAGGUUAUGCUUACAAUAUUAAUUUAGAAACAUGUGCACUUAAAUUUAUGUUGGACAUUGAUUUUUCUUAUUUAUAUAAAAACAAUAAAAGUCUGUGAAUUUUCUAAUUCGUAAUUAGAAACACAAAUAUUAUUACUGCAUCAAUCUAAGUUCCAUUAAUACCUUUAUGUUCGAAUUAGAGCUUAUAUCUUAUAAGGAUGCUAAAUUUUUGUAAAAUGUUAAUUGGUUUCCGAAAAUAAAUCAAAUGAUUGCCAUUUAUAUGUUAGAGUGAAUAUGGCCAUCAAAUCUGUGAUUCUUAAAUUUUUUAUAUUUUAUAAAAGAUGUAGUCUGUAGACACUGGAAUGAAUCUAAUAAUAACAUGAAUUCCAUUAAUUUGAGUUUGUUAUAUUAUCAUUAUAUAUAUCAUAUGUGUUUUGAAUGUGAAAGAGCUUUAAAGACAAUGUAUGAUCCAGCCUAGUUAUAGUUUUUUUGUGAAAAAGAUUAUUUAAAAGUUUUGUUUUGUCAGUGUGAAUGAUUUCAUUGAUGAAUAAUCUCUGUGAAGAUCCUAUUUUAGAUAACUUUUACUAAUUUUAUAUUUAAUAUUGGUUCAUCCAUAUUUUGAAUAUAAUAUAUAGCUUAUUUAUUUGUUUUUAUAUCCCUUCAUAGUGCUACUUUAAGUAUUAAAAACAUGUGAAGUCUGUCAUCAAUUUAGUGGCAGAUGUGAAGUCUAUCAUCAAUUUAGUGGCAGAUGUGAAGUCUGUCAUCAAUUUAGUGGUAUAUGGUCUAGGCACUUGUCAAUUGUUUGUAUUUUAUUGCUGGGUUGCUGUCUCCUCUUAUUUUCACAUGUAUUGUGCGUACACAUAGUUACUUACCAAUGAAGAUUAAGAUGUGUUCUUCACUAUUCUUUCUUUCUUGUAAACUUCAGGAAUCAUUUUCAAUAACUCUACAAAUCCUCUGUUUUUACCGUUUAUAUAAAUGUACAUAGACUGAUAUAUUUAUAAAAUCUUUAUUAUUUUGUGCCAAUGAUUGGUUGUAUUGUUUUAAAUCUCAAUUUUUAAAUAUUAUUUUAACCAAAUAUUGUUUUUUGAUAUUUUCUACUUAAAAUAAUAUAAAUAUGUGAUAUUUUUUCUGAAUUUUUUAUAUAAAUAGACAAAGAGAGAUUAAAAGUUGUGAUCAAAAAUCCUUAGAACAAUAAGAAUAGUUUGGCUUGUAUUGUAACUUUGUGUUUAUUUUCCUCGGUUACCCUUGAUGGUGAAUGAGGGACUGUUUUUUGAUAGCAUUAUUUUAUACUAAAUACCUCUUUUAAUAUGAAGAACAUUUGUGUUUGGUGAGAAGUAGACAGUCUUUUUACUCUCAGUAGUAAAUUAUGUUAAAUUCUAGACAAGCUUUAGUUUUUUAAAUUUACAGUUUAUUUGAAGUACUGUCAGGAUUUUGGAGGUUGUGUCGACAUUAGAAAACUUAAUAUACAAUGAGGAGAUGACUCCAUUUAUACUAAUGUUGUAAGAGAGAUAACUCUUGUGAUAUUAAUAAAACAGUGUUGCAUAUUUACUUAAUUUAAAAUUCCUUGUUUAUUAAAGCUUUAAGCAUAAAUAGAAAAUAUACACUCAA